AUGGUCACGUCCACAUCUAAACGCAAGGUGAAGGUCAAAGGAGAGAGACUAGACCUGCAGCAUAUAGAGCCAUGGCAGCUUCAUCCUUUUCUAAGAGGCAUCUGCUUUAACAGUACAACCAUGGACGAGGUGCGUUUUGAUGAGGAUGGGGAACUGGUAGCUAACUACGACCUUAUGAACUUGGUCACAUUCUCCAACCAGACUGCCAGGAGAAUAAAAGUGGGGAGGCUGGAGACCCAAGCUUCUUCUGGCUUAGAGCUGACCAUUCAUGAGGAGGCCUGUACAAGGCCCCGCUCAACAUGCUCUGAAAGUUGCAAGCCUGGAAGAAGCAAGGUGGUGCCAGAAGGACGGCUUGUUUGCUGCUAUGAUUGUUCUCUGUGCAUGGAAGGGACUGUGGCCAUGCAGGCAGAUGCAAAUCACUGUGAUGAAUGUCCUGAAGAUCAGUAUGCAAACAAGGAGCGAGAUCGAUGUCUCCCGAAGCUUACAGUCUUUCUGUCCUACAGCGAACCUCUGGGGAUCACCUUGGUUUUCUUUGCCCUGUUACUGGCUCUAAGCACAGGUUUUGUUUUAGGCAUCUUCAUUAAAUACGCCAACACUCCUAUAGUCAAAGCCAACAACCGAGACCUCUCCUACAUCCUUCUCGUCUCCCUCCUGCUUUCCUUUCUGUCAUCCUUCCUGUUCAUUGGCCAGCCCAGGAAGGUGACCUGCCUUUUCCGCCAAACUGUCUUCAGCACCAUCUUUUCAGUGGCUGUGUCUUCUGUGUUAGCCAAAACGCUCACUGUGGUGCUGGCCUUCAGGGCCACAAAGCCAGGGAACAGGAGACAGCUGGGGAAGAGUAUGGCAAUUGUUAUUGUCCUUUUCUGUUCCAUUAUUAUUCAAGUUGUUGUCAGCAUCCUUUGGAUGGGACUUUCUCCUCCCUUCCCAGAACUGGACAUGCACUCCCAGGGUGGACAGAUCAUUUGGCAAUGCAGUGAAGGGUCUGUCGCCAUAUUUUAUGGUGCCCUUGGCUACAUGGGUUUCCUGGCCGCCAUUUCUUUCAUUGUAGCCUUCCUAGCCAGGAAGCUGCCUGGGGCAUUCAAUGAGGCCAAGUUCAUCACUUUUAGCAUGCUGGUAUUUUGUAGUGUUUGGGUCUCCUUUGUUCCUACCUAUCUGAGCUCCAAGGGGAAAUACAUGGUAGCUGUGCAGAUCUUCUCUAUGUUGGCUUCCAGUACUGGUUUACUGGGUUGCAUUUUUCUGCCUAAAUGCUAUGUCGUAAUACUGAGGCUUGUGGAAAAGAAUUACCAGCAUGUCCUGGCCUUCUUGCUUGCCAUCGAUGAGAUCAAUGCCAAUCCCCAGCUCUUGCCCAAUAUAACUCUGGGCUACAGCAUCUAUGAAAACUGUUUCAGCUCAAGGAUAACUUAUGAGGCCACGAUAGACCUGCUCUCUACAGGGCACUGGAUGGUUCCUAACUUCAGGUGUGGAAGGCAGGAUAAUCCAUUGGCAGUUAUUCAAGGAGGGGACUUUGAGGUCUUUCUCCAGAUGGCAACAAUGUUAGGCAUCUACAAACUCCCUCAGCUUCAUCCUUUUCUAAGAGGCAUCCGUUUCAACAGUACAACGAUGGACGAGGUGCAUUUCGACGAGGACAGGGAACUGGUAGCUAACUACGACAUUGUGAACCUGGUCACAUCCUCCAACCAGACGGCCAGGAGAAUGAAAGUGGGGAGGCUGGAGACCCAAGCUUCUUCUGGCUUAGAGCUGACCCUUCGUGAGGAGGCCUGCGUAUGGCCCAGCUGGUUUAACCAGGUGGGAAAUCAAUUCGUAUUUUACGAGCUAUAUGAACUAUAG